AUGUCAGACGCUACCAAAGAUCCGGCUGCCCCUGCUCUGGCAUCAUACUCGCUUUGGCUUAUCCCUUCUCAGCCAGAGCAGGCUGAAAGAUUCCAGAAUUUGAUCAAUGAAUUAGCAUCAAUGGAACUAGCUUCACCUACUUUCUCACCUCACAUAACGCUGAUAAGUCCGAUUCCACUCUCUAUGAAACUUCGAGAUAUCCAAACGAAAAUACGUGAAGCCGUUGUAGCUACUUUACCUCGACCAGGACAAGAUGAUUCGCCCUCAGACUCAAGCUCAAGCUCAGGCUCAGGCUCAGGCUUGAUAGUAAAAUUACAAGCUGCUCAAAAAGGUGAUAAAUACUAUCAAUCGGUAUUGGCUCCAGUGGAAUUACCGAAUGAACGUUUAUCCAAAUUACGAAAAGAAUUAGAGAAUCAGUUUGGACUAGGUAAUUUACCUGAAUAUUUCCCACAUCUAAGUUUAUUCUAUGGCGGGGUCAGUUCAAGUAGAAGAGAUGAAUUGGCAAAUAUCGCCAAUACGAAAUUGGCUGAAUUCGAUAAUUCGGGUAAAGGACUGAAAGUGGAUAUUGAAGAAAUAGUCAUUGUCAGUUGUGUGGGAACAGCUGAACAGUGGAAGGUGGUUGGAACUGAAAAAUUAGCUUGA